UCACUGGCUGCACAGUGUCGUCAGCGCAGUGUGUGGAAAUUUGACCGAGAGACAGCAAGUGUGUCAGGGACAACUUUAACCGAAUACAGUCGCGCUGUUUGGAUUCAACCACCGACCAAGCGAGCUUUUACGACACAACGCGACCGGCAUUGUCCAGUUUGUAAAGAUUUCUACCAACAGCAGGGCCUUGACAAUGGGGUGAUUGUGUCCCCUCCAGUCCACUCAUCAGCAACAAAAACAAGACAGCAGACCUCCUGAUGUCAGAAGAUUCAGACUCCAAGCACUACUGCUUUUCGAUGCUGGAGGACCAGGAUAGUGCUCCAGCACGCAGAGCAUCCACAUCGUGCAGCUCCAUGGCACAGCUGCAGAGGAUGAAUGGCUACAGCCAAGGUGGGGCUGACCUCGGCAUGCCGUCGGAAGGCAGCGACAGCAGCGGUCAGGAACCUCCCACGUUGCCACGCAACCAUCGCAAAAGCGCCCGCUCCCGAUCACUCCCGGAGGAAGACGCGGAAAUGAAGAGUACCGGGUCCAGCGGUAGCGGCAGCGGCAACGAGAGCCACAGCAAUGAGAGCAACGGCUUGGAGUCGGUGCGCAGCUCCAACAGUACCAGCAAAGAUUCCGCUUUGCUGGAGUCUUCUGAGAGCAACAAAAGUUCCAACUCCCACAGUCCAUCUCCCCCCAGCAGCUCCAAUGCCUUCAGUUUGCUGAGCUCCGAGCAGGACAACCCGUCCACCAGCGGCUGCAGCAGUCAAGAAUCUGCCAAAGCCAAGACCCAAAAAGAGCUGCUAAAAACUCUCAAGGAGCUGAAGCGUCAUGUGCCGGCCGAAAAGAGACACAACAGCAAGUCCACCACGUUGAACACCCUCGAGUACGCCCUGCGCUGUGUCAAGCAGGUGGAAGCUAAUGAGGAGUAUUACCAGCUGCUGAUGACCAAUGACAGUCAACCGUCAGGCCUGGAUGUUUCCUCCUAUACCAUAGACGAGAUAGACAGCAUUACUUCAGAAUACACCCUUAAAAACAAUGAUAUUUUUGCUGUCGCCGUAUCGCUCAUCACAGGAAAGAUUGUGUACAUUUCCGACCAAGCCGCCUCCAUCCUUAAUUGCAAAAGGGAAGUGUUCAAGGACACCAAGUUUGUGGAGUUCUUGAUCCCGCAGGAUGUCAGCGUGUUCUACAGCUUCACCACACCUUACCGUCUGCCCUCCUGGAGCAUGUGCACUGGAGCUGACUCAUCGCCGCCUGACUGCAUGCAGGAAAAGUCCUUUUUUUGCCGUAUCAGUGGCGGUAAGAAAUGUAAGGACGAACUGCAGUACUACCCGUUCCGCAUGACGCCAUACUUAAUGAAGGUCCAAGUCACAGUUCAUGCCGAGGACCAGUUUUGCUGCCUCCUUCUGGCUGAGAGGGUUCACUCUGGUUACGAUGCACCCAGGAUACCCACUGACAAACGCAUCUUUACCACCACACAUUCUCCAAGUUGUGUGUUCCAGGAUGUGGAUGAACGGGCGGUCCCUCUCCUCGGGUACCUCCCACAGGACCUUAUUGGCACGUCGGUUCUCCUUCACUUGCACCCCAAUGACAGACCAAUGAUGCUGGCCAUUCACAGAAAGAUUCUCCAAUAUGCAGGGCAGCCAUUUGACCAAUCGUCUAUCCGAUUCUGCGCACGCAACGGCGAAUACGUCAUCCUUGACACCAGCUGGUCCAGUUUCGUCAGCCCCUGGAGCCGCAAGGUCUCCUUUGUUAUCGGGAGGCACAAAGUCCGAACGGGACCUGUGAAUGAGGAUGUAUUUAUGGCCCCAGUUGUGGCCGCAGCUGAGCAGAAGACCAUGGACUCCGAUAUCCAGGAGAUCACGGAGCAAAUUCACAGACUCCUCCUGCAGCCGGUUCAUAACAGUGGGUCGAGUAGCUACCGAAGUCUGAACAGCACUGACCCAAGACAGGGCAUGACCUCCUCCGGGGAGAACCUCAACAAUGGCAAUUGUAGCAAGUUCUAUCUAGAGGAGGAGGAAGUGAGCAACAAAGACAGGCCGCGAACUUUUCAGGAAAUCUGCAAAGGAAUCCAUCUCCAAAAGAGCCAGGAGCAGAGCAAGAAAGUUCAUAUCAGAGAGUCAGUGCAAAAGAGCUCAGCUGUGGUUCGACCCAAGGACUGUGCCCCUCUCCUCAACUCAAAGGAGACCGGAACACUGAUGGAAGAGAGUAGGUCAUCUUUCCUUGAAGAGAUGUCAUUGAACGAUCAGACCGUCUACUCCUACCAGCAGAUCAGCUGUCUGGACAGUGUUAUUAGGUACUUGGAGAACUGUAAUGUCCCCAUCGCUCUGAAAAGGAAAUGCCAGUCCUCCUCUAACACCACGUCUUCUAACUCCGAUGAGGACAAACACCAAGGGUGUUUCACCAUGCAGGUUUCUGAAGAACCCGCAUUGUUGAAGGAUCAGUCCGGUCUCUCCGCUUUAGAAGACAAAAAACCCAGUGAUACGUCCACAGCGGUAGUGGGCACUUCGCUGCCCCUACCUUUACCUAACAAACCAGAAAGUGUGGUGUCCAUUACAAGCCAGUGUAGCUACAGUAGCACCAUAGUACAUGUUGGGGACAAGAAACCACCGCAAGAAUCAGAAAUCAUAGAAGAUGUCUCAGGUGCAGGUGAGACUGUAGAAUCUGCCCAGAACCCUGUUUCUCCACCUUGUGCCGUGGGACCUCCCUGCCAGGAGAGGGAGUCUUACAAGAAACGGGGCUUGACCAAGCAGAGUCUGGCUGCCCACACACAGAAGGAGGAACAAGCCUUCCUUAACCGCUUUAGGGAACAUCGCAAACUUACAAACCUCAACGCCAACUGCUCGCAGUACCUGGAGCGCCAGAAGGAAAAGGUCGCCAGUGACGCCGCCCCAGCUGCUCAGCCCAGAAAGCAGAGUGGUCCAAACGCAGCACGGCGCAGCGUCCGCAAUAAGAAGACCAAAUUAAAGCGAGCCAAGCAGACCGAGUCCUCAGACAGCACGGCGUCACACCAAAGUUACCACCACCCGCGAGCUACCCCCCUCAAUCACGGCCUUAACCCCACCUCCUGGUCUCUUUCAGACACGCCCCAGUCCACAUUCCCCGUGGCCUACCCGGCCGUAGUCCCUGGUUAUCCACUCCAGGUUUACCCCAGGGCCCCUUCUAUAUUUCCCCGCACGGAUGCCACUGUGCAAGGCUUUGCUGACAAUCAAGGAGUCCCCGCUCCAACUUGCCCACCAGGCAUCCAUCAAACACCUUAUACGGCACCCAUUGUCACCCCUUUCAUGGCUGUGGUUCUCCCCAACUUCAUGUACCCUUCAAUGGCCCCUGGACUUCCACCCGCGCAGCCAGUGUACCUUCCAUUGACUGGCGGAUUCUCCAGCCAGGCACAGGCUUUUUGUCAAACGGCUUUGCCACCACAUGGUACCUUCAUGAUGCCGCCCCAAUUUAGCACUCAGACUACAUUCAAUGCCCAGAACCCCAUUUCCCCCCAGGUGGGCUACAUGACGCCGUCGUUCUACUUCCCCCCAUCCUCAGAAACCCAAAAAGCUCCUUUGGAGGGUCAGUCUCGCUCCUCAACACCACAGUCUGGAGGAGGACGUGGAGCCAGGGCUUCCCCUCCGCUCUUCCAGUCUCGCUGCAGCUCCCCUUUAAACUUACUGGAACUGGAGCUGUCAGUGGACCGGCAGGACUGCACGGUGCUGCCCCCUGGAGGACAAGGCAGCAACGCAGUCGAACGGGACAAGGGAGCAGGCGGCGUGCAGGCCAAAGAGAUGGAGCUGACACAGGUGUCUCGCGGCGACGACAACAACAGUGAUGCCAACUCGUGCUCCAGCGACAUGUUGGACAUUAUCCUGCACGGGGACUCGUGCUCGGGCACAGGCUCGGCCACCUCGGGGUCCAUGGGCUCUAGGUCCAACGGCUUCGGAACGUCGGCCAGCGGGACGUCCAACAGCGGAACAUCUAAGAGCAGAAUGUCGGCCAGCGGCACAGGUAGCAACAGCAGUAAAUACUUUGGCAGCGUAGAUUCAUCCCAGAACAGCCAGAAGGUGAAAGGUCACUCGAGCAGCAGCGAGAUGGAGCAGAGCGACCACAUCAUGAAGUACGCGCUGCAGGAUCAAAUAUGUCUGCUCAUGGCCAAAGCUGACAACAAGGUGAUGAUGACCUACCAGCUCCCCUCUCGUGACAUCCAAAAGGUUCUCCAAGAGGACCGCAAGAAGUUUAGGCUGAUGCAGAAUAGUCAGCCGUGCUUCACCGAGGAGCAGAAGAGAGAGCUGAUUAAGGUCCACCCAUGGAUGAAGAAGGGAGGUCUGCCCAAAGCCAUAGAUGUCAAUGUCUGCUCCUGCUGCGACAGCGCCAUUGAUUCGGCGCCAGCAGACAACCUGACGGACUUCGACCUCGCGGACGCCGAGCCUGCGGAGCUCAGCUGCCACAGGGCGGACGCCACCCCUCCUGGCACCUGCACUAAAGAUUUUAAGCUAGACUUUAAACACAAAACCACUCAGGACUUUGUGUUCUCAUGACAAAAAAGGGGGUUACCCCAUGUUCAACAUUCCAAAAUAACUUAUUCUGUAAUAUAGUCUUGUAUUUUUGUAGAAUUUAAAAUUAUUUUUUUAAUGUUGAGUGCUCGCUAUGCGCAUGAUACAUUGUCUCUGUUAUUUCGAAACGUGCAGCUCUUUAUGGACGCUGCAGGCGACGUACAGAUGGAGCGCAGGAAGGGAAAUGUUAAAAGUAUGGCAGCCGCAGUGAGUUCCUACAACACUUUGCUGCUGCAGGCUGAGGAGAACCAUUUGAAGGCACAAGUGCACUUUGCAGGGCGGCGUUGGAGGAUGAGGAUUUGUGUUGAUCUUCAUCCGUCGCCGCCCUUUUUAUUCAUUCAGUUCUGUUUUUUCAAAUUGCCUAAUAAACAAAAGUAAACCACUGGACAA